AUGACUUCGCCCAUGAUCAUUUUCACUGCGUUCCGGCACACUGCACGUUUGGGAACUUUGUUCCAAAUUCUACUGUUCCUUCCCUUAACUCUCGCUACACUCUCAACCUCUGCAUUCCUAUCAUUGAGCCUACUGUUAACCCUUCAUUCGAUUAUACAUGCUACGAUGAGCUUAUUAUUCCCUUCGUUGGUGGGUUCUUUGCCCUUUCUACAAGUCCCGUUACACCCAAUGUUCCUGCUAUUCAUCUUCAAUUUAUACCCCCAUCCAUGUUCACCAUUACAAACGGCUUCAUCGCUAUGGGGAAGUGUCCUACGAUAUACUGGUCCAUUAUUCGUAUUCCUUGAAGGUUUAGCAAGCUUGAUUGCCGUCCAGACUUUGGGACGGAAAGCUAGGAAGAUGAUCAAUGAACAUGAUGGAGAGGGUUAUGAAGUUGGGUUACUCGUUGGGGCCGCUGCUACCUAUGUUGCGUCUGCAUGGUGGAUUAUUCUCACGUACCCAUCCGUAGCAACGUCUCCGCUUUCCUCAACCCUUCUCGGCGCGUCCAUCACGGCGCUCGUUUUCCUAACAAUGAUAGGUUUCGUACUUCGACGAACGAACGUGAUCGAAUCGUCGGGUCUUGCCUUAUACCUUGCUUAUAACGUUUGGCUUUGUUCGGAUGAACAUGAGGUGGGGGAGCAUUGUGCACCGUUGUUGUCGAAUCUUUUACCUCACUUGCAGAAGUUGCUGAAUUUUAUUACUAAUACGAUCCCGAAGCCACUACUCAUCGCCCUAAUGUAUCGACUGACAGUCUUGCACAUGGCUUCGAGGGUAUUGCCAUCAAUAGGUGCGGACCCAUGGGAUGAUGUUGGUGGAGUGGAUAGUACUUGGGAAGGGAGUCGUCCUGUCAGUUUUCAUUUGUUCUUUCCGGGGGGUUCGCGCUUGGCGGCGAUCCUACUCACAUACCGCCAAACCAUCCUGAUAGCGGUUUACAGUCAUCUUCUCCUACUUGAUCAUUCAUCCCAAGUAUGGUGGCGAUGGAGCAAUGUGAUCUUUACGCUCGGGAUGUGGGCAGUUGAGAUCACCCUUUCGAACGAGGAUAGUGAAAUUAGUGAGAAGUGGAAGAUAGAGUAG